UUCCAGUAGGGAACAGCAGUGUGAGUGUGCCUGUUUCAGGUCUCCAAGGACGCCCUGCACGAGGACGGAGAGUGCUUUAACUUCACUCUCCGGAGGCUGACCCUCAUCUAAGCACUGGUCGUAGUGCCAGUCUCCACCCGCUGCUAAAAGAGGGUAAACGCAAGCAAUUUCCGCGGGCGUGUGAAGGACCACCCGAGGCAAGAAUCCUGCCAGCUCGGAGCCCGAGAUUCGAUAUCUGCCAGGGAAGUCCGCCCACAGGGAGAGUAAAGAGCGCAACAAGUGCCUGGGGCUGGGAAAGCCCUGGGAAUUGGGGGAGGCGGGGGAAAGAAGAAAGAAACAAAAAUAGACAAGGGCUCCGGCCGCAAGUCCCACGUCGGCCCGGGUCACGUGCCCACACUGCCCGGCUUUCUGGUCCGGCGGGGCCCCUAGGCCCUGUGCUUUCGGUUCCGCCGGCUGGCUGUCCGAUGCCACCCCGGCCUCGCACUUCCGCUCGCCCUCUGACCCGCGGCCGAAAGCCGGUGCAUUCUGCGACCCCCAACCAUGCCCGCGGGCGUGUCCUGGGCCACGUAUCUGAAAAUGUUCGCUGCCAGCCUCCUGACCAUGUGCGCCGGGGCCGAAGCGGUGCACAGGUACUACCGGCCGGACCUGACAAUACCUGAAAUUCCACCAAAGCCUGGAGAACUCAAAACUGAGCUUUUGGGACUGAAAGAGAGACAACAUGAACCUCAAAUUUCUCAACAAUAGAAACCUCAAAAUACUUAACUCUGCCAAGAACUCCGUGAAUAAUAUUAUAAGUAUUAAAUAUAUAUUUUUAAAGUUUAUUGAGUCAAACUGGUUGUCUUUAAGCAUGUAAUGCAAUGCUAACUGCAAGAGGUGCCCAGGUGUUAACUGACGCAUUGAGAUUUAAUUAUGGAUUGACCAGUGUUUCUUGAAAACUGCCAACGUUUAUAUCAUCAGCUUAUUGAAUGUAUUUGAAUAGAUACUUAGUCUUGGAUAUCAUGUGAUAAAGAAAAGUGUUUCCUGCCCUUAUAAUUCUGGUUUAUUUCUCUGAAUAAGCUUGACUAUCAUGACAAAUAGGAAUUAUAAAUUAACUAUGAUAAAAUUGUCACUGACAAUGAAAGCUUAUGGUGUGUAGUUAAUAGUUCUCUAAAAUUGCAAAGUGUUAUUUGUACUAAACUGUGAAUUAAGUUGAAAUA